AUGGAACCAAAGGAACGAAGUCUCGGGAGAUCCCUGCUGGUACCUUGUGUUCAAGAGCUAGCGAGGGAAUCAUUGAUUACGGUCCCGCCCCGGUACAUCCAGCCCCAUCAGGACUGUCCAAUCAUAUCAUGUUCAACUCCUCAUCCUGAUAUCCCGAUCAUCAACAUGGAAAAAUUGCUGUCUGGCGAUGGUGUGGAGUUAAAGAAGCUAGACUCUGCUUGCAGAGAAUGGGGUUUCUUCCAGCUGAUAAAUCAUGGAGUCAGCACUUCAUUACUGGAGAAGAUAAAGGUAGAGAUUCAGGAAUUCUUCAACCUCCCAAUGGAAGAGAAGAAGAAGCUCUGGCAGCUGCCUGAAGAUGUAGAAGGAUUUGGGCAGGCGUUUGUUGUGUCUGAGGAGCAGAAGCUUGACUGGGCUGACCUAUUUUUCUUGACCACCCUUCCAACCUUUACGAGGAAACCCCGCCUCUUUCCUAAGCUCCCUCUCUCUUUCAGGGACACCCUAGAAAUUUAUUCUAUUGAACUGAAAAAUCUCGCCAUAAAUAUUCUGGACUUCAUGGCUAGAGCUCUGGCUAUGAAGUCAGAGGAAAUGAAAGAGUUGUUUGAAGAUGGGACGCAGUCAAUGAGGAUGAACUAUUAUCCAUCGUGCCCGCAACCAGAGCAGGUAAUCGGUCUCACCCCCCACUCGGAUGCUGUAGGAUUAACAAUCCUCCUCCAAGUCAAUGAGAUGGAUGGUCUACAGAUCAAGAAAGACGCAAUGUGGGUUCCUGUUAAACCCCUCCCUCAAGCCUUUGUGGUCAACGUUGGAGACGUUCUAGAGGUACAAAUACCAAAACUGAAUUAUUUUUGUAUUCAAAAGUUGCAUUGA